AUGGAUGCGGCUGCUAGUGCAUUUCAAUUUAUUUGCAUGGACAGAUUGUCAAGGAUUCCUGAAUCCAUGGAGUGUGUGAAGGCGAACGCCUUAGAUGUCCAACCCGAAUGCGAAGCGCAAUGUGAAGUCCAAUCGCGUAUGAUUGACGACGCAUCAAGUAAUAAACUGGACACGAACAAGAUUGACAGUAAAUGCCGAAUUGGUGAGAAGAGUUUGCUGGACAGCUUGUUGUCGCCGGUAUGCGUGAUAGAUUCGGUGGAUCUUGAAAGUGCCUCUUGA